UGAGUGAGUGAGUGAGAGUGUGUGUUGUGAAAAGACAGCAAACACCGUGCGAACACAUUCCACUCUGCGCAAAACCAUGCGCACUUUUUCUGCGCGCACAUGACAGCCGGCAGGGACUUUUUCCUCUCCUAUAAUAAUAAUAAUAAUAAUAGUAGUAAUAAUGAUAAUGCUGACGUGCAUGCAUUUUUAAGCUGACUAGAGAGUGUGCUCCGUCUUAUAAAUAGACUUCUUUUUUUUUUUUUCUUUUUAAAAAGCUGCCUUUUCUUCUCUAAAAUUGGCUCCCGUACAAACAGCCGCGUUGGAUCCGUCGGCGUACUGCGAGACUCCGGUGUACAACCCGGAUCUCUGCCCCAACAUGAUCGCCGCGCAGGCCAAGCUGGUGUACCACCUGAACAAAUACUACAACGAGAAGUGCCAGUCCCGCAAGGCGGCCAUCUCCAAGAGCAUCCGCGAGGUCUGCAAGGUGGUGUCGGACGUGCUGAAGGAGGUGGAGGUGCAGGAGCCGCGCUUCAUCAGCUCGCUCAGCGAGAUGGACAACCGCUUCGAGGGCCUGGAGGUCAUCUCGCCCACCGAGUUCGAGGUGGUGCUCUACCUCAACCAGAUGGGCGUCUUCAACUUCGUGGACGACGGCUCGCUGCCGGGCUGCGCCGUGCUGAAGCUCAGCGACGGCCGCAAGCGGAGCAUGUCCCUCUGGGUGGAGUUCAUCACCGCCUCCGGCUACCUCUCGGCGCGCAAGAUCCGCUCCCGCUUCCAGACGCUGGUGGCGCAGGCGGUGGACAAGUGCAGCUACCGCGACGUGGUGAAGAUGGUGGCGGACACCAGCGAGGUGAAGCUGCGCAUCCGCGACCGCUACGUGGUGCAGAUCACGCCCGCCUUUAAGUGCACCGGCAUCUGGCCGAGGAGCGCCGCGCACUGGCCGCUGCCGCACAUCCCCUGGCCGGGGCCCAACCGGGUGGCAGAGGUCAAGGCGGAGGGCUUCAACCUCCUCUCCAAGGAAUGCUACUCGCUCAACGGCAAGCAGAGCUCGGCCGAGAGCGACGCCUGGGUGCUGCAGUUCGCCGAGGCCGAGAACCGCCUGCUGCUGGGCGGCUGCAGGAAGAAGUGCCUCUCGGUGCUGAAGGCGCUGCGGGACCGACACCUGGAGCUGCCGGGCCAGCCGCUCAACAACUACCACAUGAAGACUCUGGUCUCCUACGAGUGCGAGAAGCACCCGCGGGAGUCGGACUGGGACGAGAACUGCUUGGGGGACCGCCUGAACGGGAUUCUAUUGCAGCUCAUCUCCUGUUUGCAGUGCCGGAGGUGUCCGCACUACUUCCUGCCCAGCCUGGACCUCUUCCAGGGCAAGCCGCACUCGGCCCUGGAGAACGCCGCCAAGCAGACGUGGCGGCUGGCGAGAGAAAUACUGACCAACCCCAAGAGCUUGGAGAAACUCUGAGGUAACAACCGGGAGACAACAAAACACACACACACAAAAAAAACAACAAAAAAACCCGCUCCUAAUUCUUAUCAAGACGCAUUUUUUUUUUUAAAUAAUCCCCCAUCCCCAAAAGUGUUCCAAACAUGUACAUUUAUACUGUAAAUGUCUUCAUACUUGUGGUAACAGAUUGUGAAUGUUGUUCUGUGACACCUGUUUGGAAUAUUAAUUUAUAUAUCUAGUCUGUCCUUUUAUUCCAGUUUACAUUUUGAGUGUCAAACAUUCCAUCGAUUUACUUGAAUUUAUUUUAAUUUAAAGGUACUUUUUAUUGGCUGUUGUUGUUUUGUUUUUUUUAAUAUAUAUUAUAUAUAUAUUUCCUCUGCCGUGUUUCUUUUAGUCACAAGAUUUGUUUUCUACAAAAAAAUGACAACCUAUAAUAAAUAUUAUAAAUAUAUAUUACGUUCAAAUUGAAAAAGAAAUGCACUUGAAAAAAAAACACUGGAUUAUAACAUCUGUGAUCUGUUUUGUUUUUAAUUGUCCUCACUUUAUUUAAAGAGCUAAUAAAAACGAGUUGCUAUAUAAUUGUUGGCUUUUAUUAAACGUGUUUUAAAAAACAACUUGAAUUUAGACGUGUUGCAUGAAAUUCACCAAUGUGCAUUAAACAAGGCCAACGCAUUUGCACGCAAUUACAGUCGUUGCGCCUUUUUUUUUUUGUACGCGUCCAAGCGGUUUUAAGACGCAAGCUUACCUUUUGGCUGACUCGUUUAAAGGCCGGCUCCUCCUCGUCCACCUCGAAGUAGAUUUCGCUGGUCGUGAUGGACAAAGUCCCCUUGGCCACCAGGCCUGGCGCGACCAGCUGGGCCGGGCUGCUCAGAACCACUGCGCCUAUGUGGGUCGGAUAUAUUCCAAGUAAAAAUAAAUGUGUGCAAAUAAUGGAGUAUCCAAAAAAUACUCAGUUUUUAGCAUUUAGUACAAUUUUAACUGUGCAGGGUUUGCAUCAUCAAUUAAAAAUACAAAUGUCUGCAAAACGUUAUGACAACGUGUGCCUGCAGCACCAACGUGCACUGGUGCAGAAACAAGAAAAUUACCUAUAAUUGUUUUGCAAAAAAGUGCAGCACACACGCAUGAAAAAGGACGAAUUAUGCGGGGGGGAAAAAUGAAAAUUCACUGUAAUUGUUUUGCAAAACAGUGAAGCACACAUGCAAAAUAGGAUACAUUAUGCAGAAAAAAAAUGAAAUUCACGAUAAUGUUUUGCAACAAAGUGCAGCACACAACCAUAAAAAAGGAAAAAAUAUGAAGGAAAAAUUCAAACUUAAUUAUAAUUGUUUAGCAAAAGGUGCAGCCCACAUGCAAAAAGACAAUAUGCAGAAAAAAAAAGAACAUUCACUGUAACUGUUUUGCAAAAAAGUGCGGCACACAUGCAUAAAAAGGAAAAAUUAUGCAUAAAAAAGGACAUUCACUGUGAUUUUUUGCUAAAAAAAAAAGUGCAGCACAUGCAAAAAAGGACAUAAGCAGAAAAAAAUGAGAAUUCACAAAAUUGUUUUGCAAAAAAAGAAAAAAGACAUAAUAUGCAGGAAAAAAAAGAACAUUUACUGUAAUAGUUUUGCAAACAAAAAAAAGUGCAGCACAUGCAAACAAGGACUUAACAUGCAGGGAAAAAGAAAAUUCCCUAUAGUUGUUUUGCAAAUAAGUGCAGCACACAUGCAAAAAAGGACAUCAUAUGCAGAAAAAAGAACAUUCACUGUAAUUGUUUUGCAAAAGGAAGUGCAGCACAUGCAAACAAGGACAUAACAUGCAGGGGGAAAAAAUCACUCUGACUGUUUUGAAAAAAGUGCAGCGCACAUGCAUGAUAUAGGACAUAAUAUGCAGGGAAAAAAGAAAAUUCACUAUGACUGUUUUUAAAAAAAAGUGCAGGGCACAUGCAUGAUAUAGGACAUAAUAUGCAGAAAAAAAGAAAAUUCACUGUACUUGUUUUGCGAAAAAGUGCAGCAUACAUGCAUGAAAAAGAACAUAUGUAGUAAAAAAAAGCUGAUUGUAGCUGAGAUAGGCACCAGCGCCCCCCGCAACCCCAAAGGGAAUAAGCGGUAGGAAAUGGAUGGAUGGAUGUUUUGCAAAAAAGUGCAGCACACAUGCAUGAAAAAGAAAAUAUGUAGAAAAAAAAGAAAAUUCACUGUAACUGUUUUGCAAAAAAAGUGCAGCGCACAUGCAUGAAAGAGGACAUAAUAUGCAGAAAAAAAGAAAAUACCCUGUAAUUGUUUGGCAAAAAAGUGCAUCACAUGCAGGAAAAAGGACAAUCUAAAACAUAAUGCAAACAGUAAACUGCAUUGCAAUACAUCAAAAUGCUGCAUGCCUUCAAGUUUACAUCAGUUGAUCUUAUCACACCUUUAUUGUGCAUUGUUCACCCCUGACUGUAGAGCCAAGAUAUUUAUCGAUCCCUUAAAGUCAAGAGGAGCCACUUCAGCCUAACAUCCAUCUUCAUUUGGGUCGCAGGGCCAAUUAUGGCUGAUAGUGUUACAGGACACAAGUGGAUUUGGGCUCUCUGAUCCCUCCAUGCCGGAGAUGCAACCCCCAACCCAUACCAGCAUCCAUGCACCCCCAUCACCAACUACAUGCACUAAGACGGAAUUUGCUCGGUGCAUUAUUUUUUCCUGAUUCUAUCUGUUUAUAUCACGCUUGAGUGAAUACUGCACACCUCAUUACAGUAUUUCACCUUGUAAACAUCCAAGUGACGUCAUUGGAGGUAAUCCCAUUGAUAAGAAGCAUAUUGUUUUAUUAUGUUACGCAUGCAUUGUGACUGUACUUUCAAUUUAAAGGUUGCCGCUUUGUGUGAUGAACUACAGACACAUACACACACACACAGUUAAACACACACACUUCAACACACAUGCACAAGCCUGAAGCAGUGCAGCCAUUGCUGAUGCAGAGGAAGAGGAUUAGGCUGCAUAAUCCCCUCAGAGAUCCUUCCAUAAUUAGGCGAUAUGGCAUUAAAAUGUUUACACAAGAAUAAUGAAAUUAAGGGCAAGUUAACACAGGCUUGGGGAGCGUAUGUAGGUUAAAUUCCCGGGCAGUCUUCGGAUUAUCGGUGCAAAUGUUAGUCCGAGGGGGGAAUUUGCUGCAAGCGAAGAACAUGUCUCAUUCCGGCUGCAGUGUAUUUUUGGGCGAUGGGGUUUUAUUAUGGGAGUAAUUCAUCUUGCUAUGAAAAUGCAUACAAAGUUAGACAGCGUCAAAAGGUAACACGGACACUUCUUUAGGUACAUCUGCAGUUUCUACACACUUCAGUAGAGCCAUUGGAAACACUAGAGUGAGGCUGAGUGUGUUAUUGUCGCUUCAGUCCGUAUGCAUCGUUCAAGGAGAAAUAUCCUUAAAUUUGAAAAUGAUUAGCUCUCAGUAAAAGAAUAUUGUGAUUAAUGGUUUGAUCACAUUUAAAAUCCCCAUUCAGGCUGAAUAAAACAUGCACUCAGACUAUUUAGGAAAAAAUAAAUAUAUAAAACCUCAGAAUGAUGUAGUUUUCUAUUUUUUUCCCCCAAAAUAAAAUGUCCUGUUUAUGUAUUCAUUGUCCUCAUAGAAUGUAAAAUCUGUGUGCUUUUGCAAAAUGCAGACAUUCAAAUUCUCUGUUAAGUCUUUUAAUUUCUAGUGAAGAUUGCAUUUUGUAAAAGAAAACAUGUAAAAAAAAAAAGGAUACACUUGGUAAGACUUCACUUUUUUGUUGAUUAAACAUGGCUAAAUGAAAAAAAAAAAAACUUUGUUAUUAUAUUGAAGUUGACAAAGAAAAUAGUCUAAUAAUCCAUAUUUUGUAUUUUCAGUCUGGCUCAUAUGCACCUUUAUGAUGUUCUGGUGUGUUUAUUUUUAGAAUACGCAGCAGGCCAAUUAAAUAAAACCAAAUUUAGACGCCACUGUUGUAGAAUGACAAAAAAUGUUGUGGCACUGGAGUAUAAGCCUGUAUCAUACAUCCACACAUUAUUAUACGAAUGUGUGAAGAGUCGUGUAAAGGCUGAGCUGGUUUUCAGCUGCACGAAGGCGAGGGAGCAAAACAAAGGGUAAUGUCUAAUGCCAGCGGUUCCGUCAUUGUAGAGGGCAAACCAGGGUUUACAGCCGUCUCAGGCUCCGCCCCCUCCCCUUGGCAGGAGGCGGAGUUUGGCUGGCUGACAAGAAUCAAGUCUGGGAUCUCUCAUGAGGCCUGUUCAUGUCGGCGAUGAUAAGAUGGGAGCCAAGCAAGUACAGGGCCAUCCAAAAACUAACAAAACACUGCUAACAAUGAACAUUGUGGAGGGAAGGCCGCAGCGCCCCCGCAGGAGGGAAGGCAAAUUGCAAUUUUGAAAAAAAUACUGCAAGAAAAAAUAUGUUCUAAAUGUAAAAAAGAAAUAAAAUAAAAUAUUUUUUGGGGCUUGUGGAACCUUUGAAUACAGUACUUUAAUGAAUAAAUCAGGGGUGUCACUCAUUUUAGAUUGAGGGCCACAUAGAGAAACAUCUACUCCCAAUCGGGCCAAAAUGAUAAAAUCCUGACACAAUAACUUAAAAAUAAAGACAACUUAAAAUCAUUUAGUUUAAAAAAAAAAUAUUACAAGCACAUUCUGAAAUUGUACAAAUCAUAAUGUUGUAGGUUUUUUUUACACUUACAUGUUGCGGUAAAUAGUAUUCUAUCAUUUUUUUGUCGUUAUUUAUAUUUUCUGAAUAAAUGGGUGUUAAUAUUUAAUUUAUCAAGAUAAAAAAUGAUGUCAAAAUCAAUUUACAGGAUGUUAUUUAUGUAGUUUGAUCAUUUUCCUCGACUGAUGUACUAACAUCAUAUGGUUUAUUUUGUACAUACUGUAUGUAGCAUUAUGUACAAAGAUACAAAGAAUUGCUAUUGCGACAUCCUGUGGACACAUUUAGAACAGCUGUUUCAUUCAUUUAAAAAAUUGCAGGUUCAUUUUUAUACUUAGCAAACUCAUCCCGCAAGCGGGAUAAAACCUGUUUGCGGGCCUGAUCCAGCCCGCGGGCCGUACGUUUGACACCCCUGGUAUAAAUACACAACGUGAGGGAUUGUCAUCCAUUCAUCAAGACAAGAUGUCCAAAGUGUGGUCUGGGCGGCGUUUGCGAACCGCAGCUUGUAAUUUAUCCGUCCAGCGGCACAUUGUAAGGGUACGCUUAAAGAAGGAAACUAAAAACAAAAACCAGCACAAAUUGAGGUACUGUAACAAAACAGGUAAUAUGUUAAGUCAUAUAAACAACAAAUAAUAAUACAUAAAGUAGUAUGCUUUGUCUUCUAUAACACCGAGUUAACAUCCAGGUUGUUAUUUUUCUUUGAAUAUAUUCGUGACUUCUUACUACUUUAGUUGGUUGUAGCAGGUUUCCAAAAUAGUAAUAAAAGAAAAUCUCUGGGUGGUGACCAGUCCAGUCCUGGACUUAACUGGACUGACCGCCAUCCUAGUCACUGCCAUUGUGUCCUUGGGCAAGACAUUUUAACCACCUUCUCCCAGUGCCACCCACACUAGUUUAAAUGUAAAAAUUAGAUAUUGGUUUUCACUAUGUAAAGCGCUUUGAGCCAGUAGAGAAAAAGCGCUAUAUAAAUAUAAUUCACUUCACUUCACUUACCUGUGCCCUAUUAAGGACAGGCCUAACGAGAACAUUACCAGCAUAUGACAUCCUUUGGUAUUUUAGCAUGUGGCCGAUGGUAAAAACAACGAGGAUGUCCCAGAUCUACGAGAGCAUUUGUAAGGUCAAAGGUCAUAAGCCUUGUUUACAUUUCAGCUGUAUAUAGUAAGUCCUCUUUUAUCUCUGUUAUGUGGUUCCGGGCCGGACCGUAGUAAAUGCACUUUUGCAAGUAGGGAUGAAUCAAAUAUUUUCACAGCUAAAGCAAAAAAAACACCUAAAUACAGCCCGUGUAGUCACCUUUUUACUCGUUUUAUCCAAUAUAGUAGUGCUACCUGCGGCUGAGCCAAUCAGUGGCCUCGACACUGAACUGUGCGCUCUGAUUUGUUUGGUCUUAUCUUGUGGCCAAUACUACAGUGGUAAUGAUCAUUUUAAUUUAUUUAGCCAUUGAGCCUAAAAUGUUUACUUUAGGCCAAUAAUACAUAACAUUUGUUUUAAACAUAAUUAGAAAUAAGUAAAAAAAAAUAUUCCGCAAUAGAGUGAAGCUGAAAACCUUUAAGCUCCGUGGGAAAAAGUAAACCAAAAAAAUCCUGCUAUUUGAGCAAUUAUGAAAGAGGAGACAAUCUAUUAGGGUUGUAUGGUAUACCCGUACUAGUAUAGUACCGCGAUACUAAUGAAUCAUUUUCAGUACUAUACCGCCUCUGAAAAGUACCGGUCCAGAUAUUACCAGUUAAUGAACAAGUAGAUUAAUAAUUCAUUUUCUACCACUUGUCCUUAAUAAUAUUGACAAAAUAAUAGAAUGGAAAAUGACACAAUAUGUUACUGCAUACAUCAGCAGACUAAUUAGGAGCCUUUUUUUGUUUACUUACUAAUAAAAGACAAUUUGUCUUGUAUGUUCACUAUUUUAUUUAAGGACAGACUUGCAAUAAGAAACAUGUGUUUACGUACCCUAUGAUUUUUGGUUAAAAUAAAGCCAAUAAUGCCAUUUUUUGUGGUCCUCUUCAUUUAGAAAAGUACCGAAAAGUAUCAAAAUAAUUUUGGUAGUGAAGUGAAUUAUAUUUAUAUAGCGCUUUUCUAUUGUGACUCAAAACGCUUUACAUUAUAAAACCCAAUAUCUAAGUUACAUUUUUAAACAGGUGCGAGUGGCACUGGGA